AUGCAAGAGCGGAGUGAUUGUUGUGAGACUAUAAAAGAAUGAUGGAAAUGUUUUUUGCAUUGGAUUUAUAUUUUGUGCUUAUACUCAGUAUACACAUGUCAGUUUGGUGUGCUUCCAGAAUGAUAUCAAAAAGGAUACCCGAUUUCUCUAAAGUGAUGCCACAUCGCAUACAUAUAUCUUUAUAUGUGAGGCUAUCAAAAUGUAUGCACCUAGCAACAGGAGCAGCUUUGUUGUAUGCUUUUUUCUUAAUGCUCACAGCAGGAAGCCGCAAACCCUCAUCUUCUCGUUCUGCCACUUUACUCUACUUAGCAUCUUUCGCCACCCAUUUUGGAACUCAAAUAUGGAUGACAUUAAUAUCUGGAAUCGUUCUUUUCUUCAACCUACCUCGUAAAAUCUUUGGGAUGGUUCAAAGGCAUCUGUUUCCUAAAUAUUUCCUACUGAACAGCGUGCUUGGAUUCUUGACACUUUGGAUAUUUGUACUGCAAAACCCAGAAGCCAUUGCUCAGCGAUGGAACCUGGCACUAUGUUUCCUGUGCGACCUCUCCGGAAUGAUAUAUAUUGUACCUGACAUGAUCAAAACCAUGACAGAACGCGGUAAAAUCGAAGAGGAAGCUGGGGUUGGACAAGAUGUUGUGGGUCGAUUUAAACCUGGAGAAGCAUUGAGAUCAUGUCCGAAAUACAGUCAUCUGCACUCAAGGUUUAGAAGGUUCCAUGGUCUGUGUGCCUUAGUCAACAUGCUAGCCAUGGCCUGCAAUACCAUACAUCUAUACCACCUGGCGUGUAAGCUAAUAGAUCGGUGACACUGGCUUGAACUUUUAAGGACUUGUUUUUAAUGAUUAUUCAUUCCAUGAACAUUUUAACUUAUUCAGAUUUACGGCAAGACAAUCAUCAUGUUUCAUGUAUAUUUAUUAUUAUUCAUCUGUUAUUUAUUUCAUAUAUUUAUUAUUCAUUUGAAAUGGCACAUGCCUCGGAACAAACGCAUAAUUUAUUUUGUGAUAUUUUGAGGUUGUGUGAAUGUGAAGGACACUUUAGCCAAAGAUACUAAACAGUGCCCUUUUUAAAUUGUUGAAUAAAAUAUUUUUAUUCUUUGUUA